UAUGCAUAAGGAAAUAUUAGAGAGGGUUUUAGCUUUUUAAAAAAAGACACUUAAAAAUAAUAUAGAUAUGGUGGAUUGCACAAUAGGAACAGGAGCUCAUAGUUCGAUUUUAUUAGAGAAUGUUAAAAAUCUUAAAAUGUAAGCAUAAAUAAUAUCUAGAUUAGGAUUAGACAUUGAUGAAAGGAUGAUAAAAAAUUUACCACAGAAUAUCAUUGCUAAAUAGGAUAAUUUUAUAAAUUUUUAUAAGCAUAAAACACUAAGUGAUACUAAAUAUUUUGAUAUUAUUUUUGCUGAUCUUGGUUAUAACAUGUAAGAUACUUGAAUUUAUAUGGCAGAAAUUAGGUGUAUGAUGAAUCAUAUGGUCUUAGUUACAAAAAGAAUUCUGUACUUGACAUGCGAUAUUCACAAUCGAUUUAAUAUACUGCAGCUGAUUUACUCAAUAAUAGAUCAUAAUAAGAGUUAAGAGAAAUAUUUCAUAAUUAUGGUAAUAUACACAAAGCGAAUUAGUUAGCCAAGAUUAUUAUAGAUAAUAGAUAAGUAAAAUAAUUUUAUAAAUAAAAAAGAAAGAAAAAUUUGAGAGAGCUAAUUAAAUAAUUGAUAUUUUAAAUGAAUUAUCUAUGGGUGAUUAAAUUAUGAAAACAUUUCAAUCAUUAAGAAUAGCUGUUAAUUAAGAAAUUAAUAAUCUUAAUUUAUUUUUAGAAAAAGUAUAAAGCUAAUAAAUAGUUGAUAAAUAAUUAAUUUUAAUUAUUACUUUCCAUUCAUUAGAAGCUGAAGCUGUCUAAAAAUUUAUUAUGAAAUUUAAAAAGUAAUUUUCCAUUAAAAUUAUUAAACCUUCAGAAGAUGAAAUAAAAGAAAAUCCUCGUUCUAGAUCUGCAUAAUUAUUUGAAAUAAUUAAUAAGAGUUUAUGA